ACCAUCCACAAUGUGGUUAGUUGAUGUUAGAAAUGAAUGGCGUUUUGAACACUUUGUACAGCAUAAGGCCGGGCUUCAAUGGAGUGAUCCACACUCCACAGGUCCAAGCCUAGUGGUGUGGUGGUCCGAAUCCCCAGGUCCAUAUCAGAGCAAGAUUUUUCGAGCACAAAGUUAAGCAUAUCCUCAGAUGCGGGACCUAGUGACAAAGAAGCCGAUGUUGACGAUUAUUCAUUUUUUGAUAAAAUCCUUGGUUUUGGUCUCUUUCCCAUAAAUAAAUGUUCAUAAUCAGAAGUCAGAACAAUAAUCAGCAAAGACAAAACAGUUACUUGGAUAUAAUUUCCCCUUGUCAAACCUACCCUCUGUAAGCAAUCCGCCAUGGACACAUUAACAGCUCGAUUCAAGCUCAUCGUUUUGCCCUUUCUAUGCAUUUGUUUGCUUUUCUUACCUUUUCUCCAGGCCACUGAUUUCGAUUACUGCGAUAAUAAAGGUAAUUACGUUGUAAAAGUCGAUGGAGUCGACAUAUCACCUAAUCCUGUGAUUAGCGGGAAACCGGCCACCUUCACGAUCUCAGCUUCUACUGGUCAAGCUAUCACUGGUGGCAAAGCGGAGAUUGACGUUUACUUCUUCGGGUUUCAUAUCCAUCAAGAAACUCAUGACCUUUGUGAGGAAACAUCUUGCCCUAUUACUGUUGGCAACUUUGUGCUCUCUCACAAUCAAGUUUUACCUGGUUUUACUCCACCUGGUUCCUACAAACUUAAGAUGACAUUAUCAGGUGCGGGAAUUAAACUGUUAACUUGCAUUUCCUUCGAUUUCAAAAUCAGUUUUGGUGCUUCUGAAUCUUCAGUCUCUGAUAGCUGAUCAGCCCACCAAGUAUAUAUAUGAAAUAUGGACUGCAGUAGGAUGUUAUAUCUUAUUUAUUGCGAACAGAUCUCACAUUCUACAAUAUUUUGUACUUGUAUUCCGUAUUAUCGUUCUUGUGAAGAUGUCAUGAGACAAACUACGAUUACAUGGAAGUCACUCCAAUCUGCUGAAUCAUGUUAACAAUGUUAAUUUCCCUUAAUAUCAAAUCAUUUUACAUGCUUGUAUAUUCUUUAUGAUACAAAA